AUGGACGGCCAACAAGCCAUGAACCACGAAAUGGCCAGCCUCCAGCAGCACGCCGCGCUUUACAACCAGAUUUUCCAGCAGCAGAUGCAAGGUGGGUUCGGGCCCAGUGGCAUGGGGAUGAAUAUGAACAUGGCCUUUCCGGGGAUGGGCAUGGGCAUAGGCCUCGGCGUUGGUAUGGGUGCUGGUGUGCCGAUGGGUGCGACCCCGGGUCCGGGGGUGCCACCAGGCGGACAGCACACGCAGGGGCAGCAGCAGCAGCCGGGGCAAGCGUACUGGGGGAUCAACAACGGCUGGGGGGGCAAUUUUGGUCCGCAGGGGUGGGUGAACGUGCACAACCAGCAGCUCAUGCAGGCCAUGCAACAGCCUGCCGCGGCUGAUGAAGGAGACGAGCCGCAUGACACGUUCGACAAGCAGGACGAUAUGCUCCUGAUUGGUAUGCUGAAGAAAGCCAAGCAUGCGAACAAGUCUGCCCGCAAGGGCCUCAAGAGGCUACACGAUAUCCACGGUCAUUCGUCAAGAGCUUGGACGAACCACUUCCUCGAUAACCUGGAGCGCCUUUACCCGAAGAUCUACCUGGGUGAGCCCAUGUCUGACGACGAUCGUGCGGCUGAAGAAGUGGCGCCCGAAAGCUCUGCGUCUAAUGUCGGCCCUCGAAUCGCUCCCGCUCUCCGUAAAAGCGGCCACAGAGCCGGACAGACUGCCCGCCGUACGGGGGUCCCGGUCAAGCUCGAAAAGCGAUUCGCCGCUGAGACGCACGCGCGAAGGCGUGCUGCGUCGCCCGACUCGGAUGACUCACCUCGUUCCUCCAAGCGCCGCAAGACAGACCGCGUUUCUUCCCCCGCUGCCGGCAUGAAGGCCGAGGUGACUAUCAAGAAGCCGGCCAAGAAGGGCCCCGUCGCCAAAGCCGCUGCGGCGUCCUCAAGCAAAAGUGGAUCUCCGUCCGGGACCUCGAAACUGACCGUGCCCGUCAUCACGCCCGCGAACCGCCCGCGACGGGGGGGCCCGAUCAUCGAGUACCACGACGAGACGCAGAUCCCGCACGCGGACCCGGCGACGCGGCCGGUGCCGCCGAAGCGUAAGGCGGGCGAGGACCACCGGCGGUUCACGGACGCGGAGAAGGUGUUCUUCAUCCACUUCCUCCGCCACAAGCUCUUGCACCAGCCGAGCUGA